AUGGAGGAAGUGAAGAAGCUGACCAACCUAAUGCUGCCACACCUGCAGACUCUUCUAGCCAGGCAGAGAAGGGACUAUGGGAUUGAUGAGGAGGCCUUUCCAAAUGGACUAGCCAGGCAGAGAAAAGACUAUGGGAUUGAUAAGGAGGCCUUCCCAGUGGACUUACCCAAGCUACGGAAACGGCGUCGGAUAGAAGAGCUGGAAGCCGAGGUGCCAGUGGCCAUCGGAUACUGGGGCAAGCCCACGGCACUAGAGGGUGCCAAAUAUGAUUUCCUCUGCAUCCAAGCAACACUCAAAUCCAACAAGCCUGAUAGUCUUUCGUUCACUGAAGAAUUUAUGGUAGAUUCCGGAAGUGACGUGGUAACGGCCCGGCAAGAGAUCUUGGACCAGCUGGACCUGCAGUUGAUUGGUACAAUUCAGAGCCGGGGCGUCCACACAACGGUGGAGAAACAGCUGUACAAGGCGAUACUGCGCAUCGGCAAACAAGAAGCAGAGAUAGAGGUCAUGCCCGAACCGUACGAGUCCAUAGGCAACCGCGUCAUGAGACAUUUCCGUCACGUGAUCGACAGCACGGUGCACUAUUGGCUGCAGGGCAACCGACUGGAGCCAGGCGAGUCAUCAGGUCAAGGGUCCGGGUCGGCUCUAGGUAGCACGAGCGGGGAGCACACGUCACAUAGCACGCCCGAGCUGACGGGCGAGUCUGCAUCUGGAGCGGAGUCUAAAGAUGGAUCGUCACCGGAGGAGUUGAUGAAACAAGAGAAGACGGAACGAGAGAGGGGAGAAAAGGUGGGGGAGGAGGAAAAAGAAGCCGAGGGAGAAGAUUCCUCAUCGACCUCAUCCUCAGAGAAAUCACCAUGACGUCACAGGUCAGGUUCAAACGUGAAUCUAUGAAGGUUCAACAUGCAUGCCAACAGGAAGACAUCACACUGAUGUGGUAAUGCAUUGGUGGUCACUAGUUUGCAUGGUAGGCUGUUCUUCACAGCCACUUUACAAAUUCUAUCAUCAGUGUAUGACUUUUGCUUUUUGUAUGAGUUUAUUUUCGACUUCUGCCGCUAUAUUGUUCGAUGAAUUUUAUUUUUCUAUGAUUUAAAUUCUCACAAGUAGAUCAAAUGAAGCCAUCUCAAAAAAAUACCUCAGCAUUUUUAAACUCUUUGAAAAUUGAAAGGGGGGCUGAGUAUUCCUUUGUACAUUAAAUGUCCCAUGUAAUAAACAUUGUGAAUCAUUUA